GUACGCCGGCGCAGUGGGAGGUUUGGCAAGAUGGCGGCGGGGCCAGUGAGGAGGCAGAGUCUGGAGAUGCUGUGAGGCAGCCAGAGAGAGGGACAGCGGCCGCGGAGAUACAAAGACCCGUGACAGCUCCCGUUACAGUUGUCGCAUAGCCGGGCCCCUCACCACCCGACCUCGAGAACCCGGGGAGGUGGCCGGACAGUGCGGGACACAUGAGCCGGAGCGGUCCCCGGGAAGCAGCGGCGGCGGCAGCAGAGGAAGCAGCCGGGGGCCCCUGAGGGCCGAGAGCAGGGCCCCUGAGGGCCCGAGCUCAGGAUGAAGUUCGCGGAGCAUCUGUCCGCGCACAUCACGCCGGAGUGGAGGAAGCAAUACAUUCAGUAUGAGGUGAGACGCCAUACAUCCCUCACAGAGCACACACACACACACCGCACCUGUGGACUGCCACUCUCAGAACGCUUAGCCAGGAGCGGUGGAUUAACACUUCCCAAUACUCUCAGCCAGCAGCCACUCUCAGAACGCUCAGCCAGGAGCGGUGGAUUAACACUUCCCAAUACUCUCAGCCAGCAGCCACUCUCAGAACGCUCAGCCAGCUGCAGAGGGCACCACUUAAUGCUCAGCCAGGAGCUGUAG